AUGGAGAUCGUAAAUAUUUCUCUAUCUUUAUAUUUUUGUGCCAUUUCAUUUGUUUUUGGUGGAGAUCGUAACGCAUCCUUUGUAAAAACGAAAAUAGUCAACACAAACUGUGAUGCGUCUACCCAACUACGGAGUGAAUCCAUAAAUACCAGAUUUGAAUGUAGUGUUUUAUGUACUGGUGAAGCGGAAUGUCGAAGAUAUUUAUAUUGUACCGAUUCUAAACAAUGCAUUCUGUACAAAGAUGGUACUAAUUGUAUGGUACCAGGUCAGUCAAUAGGAUGUUCAUGUUUUAAGAAGAGAAUAGGUUAUAUUGAUGGAAAUUGCGUGUGUCCAAGGGGACGAUAUGGAAGUAACUGUGAAAAAAUAAUAACAGAUUGCACUCACGGUAAAAGUCUCGGCAUGUCCUCUGCCCCAUUAACAGACAUUCUAGCAGACAUUCAACCUGUUUUGUCACCAGAGCCAUUUGAAGUUUUAUGUACAUUUGGUUAUGGUGGAUGGACCAUAGUAUUUUACCGCAAUCAGAAUUGUGAAACAGGUGAUUUUUAUAAAACUUUAACAGAAUAUGAAGAUGGUUUCGGUGCUAACCCAGUAAUGAAUGGAUGGUUAGGAUUAACAAAGUGGCUAUAUAUUUUAAAUGGAGCAUCGAAAAAAAUGGGAACUUUGAUUUACACAUCAGAUACUGCAUUCUGCGUUAAUCAUUAUACACAAUUUAGGUUGGGUUCUAAGUCCGAGGGUUACACCUUCAACUGUGCAUCCGUCACUACUAGAUCGUGUGGUGACUCUCUUACAGGGGCUAUAAACCUAAAUGGAAUGAAGUUUUCUGCUCUCGGAUCAGAUUAUUCAUGGUUGUCUGAAUGUGUCAAUAGAUUUCGUUGUGGAUGGUGGUACUCCGAUACAAAUUCUAACUGUACCAGAAGUUUACUAACUGGAACUGUAGAUGGAUCUGGAACGGACGUAUUUUGGACAGACGACUUGGCAUCAUCGAAUAUUCCAAAGUUUCAAAUAAAAUUACAAUAA